AUGCUGUUCGUUACGGCCGGCCUUAGCGAUUACACCCCCAUUGUGUUCCGCGGCCGCUGCCAAGACCCCGCGGAGAGAGCUGAACUCGCAAAAGUUUCCGACUCGUUCAAAUGGGCGGCUUUUGUUAGAGAGCGACUUAUUGUUCGGGACAGAUUGCGGGGGAUCAGCGUCGGGCUGUCCCGAAAUUCGCGCCAGACG